UUAUGUUUUCUUUUUGACACUUGCUCCACACGUGCGAGUUGAAAACAACUCGGCAUCAAAAAAUGGGCAAAGCCAAACGAGUGAAACCAUCCCAAGUGGGCUCGAAAGUGCCCCUGGAACAAGAAAUUGAGGAGGCCAAGUUCGCAAAGGGCAAAAACAGGAACAAAAUACGCCUACGCCAGGAUGAAGAGGAGAAGUUCGUCGAUGCGAAUUUGACGAGAAAAAUUUUGUCGGCGGCCAGAGAACAACAGCGCGAGGAAUUUGGGCCGACACCAGCUGAAGCAGCUGCUGGCAGACACAAGCCUGUGAAACUUGGUGAUGACUUUGAUUCCGACUCUGACAAAGAAGAUGAAGACAAUUUGGAGCCCGACACUUUUUACGAAAAUAUUGAAAUCAAUGAGGAUGAUGAGAAAGCAAUGGAAAUGUUCAUGAGCAAAAACCCAGCACCCAGGAGGACUUUAGCUGACAUUAUUAUGGAGAAAAUCACAGAAAAACAAACAGAACUGGACACACAUUUCAGUGAUGCUGGGUCUUUACAAAUGCAAGACUUGGAUCCUAAUGUUAAAGCCAUGUAUGAAGGUGUCAGGGAUGUUUUAAGGAAAUACAGGAGUGGCAAAUUACCAAAGGCUUUCAAAAUUUUGCCCAAUCUCAGGAAUUGGGAACAAAUAUUGUACAUAACAGAUCCUCCAAGCUGGUCAGCAGCAGCUAUGUAUCAGGCCACAAGGAUCUUUGCUUCAAAUUUGAAAGAAAAGAUGGCUCAGAGGUUCUUCAAUUUAGUCCUGCUUCCCAGAAUCAGAGAUGACUUGGCUGAGUACAAAAGAUUAAAUUUCCACUUGUACCAGGCUUUGAGAAAGGCUCUGUUCAAGCCUGGUGGUUUUAUGAAAGGUAUUCUGUUACCUUUGUUGGAAAGUGGAAAUUGCACAUUAAGGGAAGCCAUAAUAGUAGGUUCAGUGGUGGCCAGGAAUUCAAUUCCUAUUUUGCAUUCUUCUGCAGCUCUUUUGAAAAUAGCUGAGAUGGAUUAUACAGGGGCAAAUUCAAUAUUUUUAAGGAUAUUCUUUGACAAAAAGUAUGCUUUGCCUUACAGAGUUGUGGAUGCUUGUGUCUUUCACUUUUUGAGAUUUGAAAGAGACCAGAGGGAAUUGCCAGUCCUGUGGCACCAAGCUUUGUUAACCUUUGUACAAAGGUACAAAGCUGAUAUUUCUAGUGAACAGAAAGAAUCACUGUUGGAAUUGUUGAAGAAACAGAAUCACCACACUAUUACUCCAGAGAUCAGAAGGGAAUUACAACAUGCCAAGUGUAGGGAUGAAGAAACAGCAACACCAGCAAUGGACUUUGAUUAAUAUUUAUUUUUGAAAUAUAGAAAUAUAAAUAAAUUUGUUAUAAAAUUUUA